UUGCUAUUAAUACAACAGAGCAAAAGGGUAUAGCUGGUGAAAGCUACUGUAGUCUCAGUCGAAGAGGAAAGGAGUUCCAGUCAACUCAAGGAACUAAAAGGACAUAUUUGUGCAAAUGAUGCUCCUUGUGGGGUGAUUUUGGGAACUUUGAGGCUUCACAACAUGGAAGAAUCCGUCUCAACUAUUGAAUCAGCACAUUCCAAAUCCCUUUCAGCAUAUGAGCUGUUAAUUCUGCACACAGCCGACGCACGGGAAUGGGCGACAUAUUUGCAGCAGAUCUUGAAAUCGUCUCGAAAAUUCCACAAAAGGUCUAUUUUGCUCUACACGGUCGGCCCAACCGAUGAGCUCCAUGGAUAUAACUUUGAAUACUUCCAAAGUUGCAAGUGCAUUGUGCUGCUCCUCACAGGAGCGUUCCUGGACAUGCUCUGUGAACCUGACCUACAGGGAGCACUUCACAGACUCCUUCAUCCGCCACACAGAGUGGUCGUAAUGCUGUGCGGCAUCUCCGAGGAUGACGUGCUGACCGAGAGUUUUGAAAGCUGGCAGAGCUGGAGGAAAGUCUGUGCUGAUGAUGAGCCUGCUGUCUACAUCGCCACUAUUUUGGAGGCCAUCGCUGACGGCAGAUGUGUUGCGGCUGAACACGACAGCAAAGCUGCGGCAGCACCAGAGUUGCACAUCACAGCAGCCUCUUCAUCUGAAAAUCCCAUCACUGACCAAACGGAAGAAGGGGUGUCAGAGGAGCAAAAAGGAAUUGUCCUGAAGGAGGAAGAAAAUCCUUUGACUAUAGGCAAUUCAGGAAGUGAAGACGUUAGUGCGCCUUCACAACUCCCUUGUCUCACCGUUCAACCAAACAGAGUUCUCUGCGGGGAAAAGGAGACACUAUUUAUCAUUUUCAAGCAGAAAAUAGACCAUCAGUUAAAACCAGAGGUGGAGUUUUCAUCUGAAAGUGAAGCUGCAAAGAGGGUCCCAGGCACUGUGGAGAAUGAAUACACUUUGAGUGUUGCCGCACCUGAUAUGCCUGCUGGAGUGGUCUCACUCACCAUGUACACUGACCAUUCUCGCAUCAGCUUGAGGCCUGUUACAUAUUAUACCACUAUGGAUGAAGUCAGUCGGUAUCUUGAAAACGCCACUGAUCCUGUAAACUUCAUCUGCCAGGCCUUCAACUUUACGUCCAAUGCAACAGAAUCACUGGACAACAUGCUAACUGACUCAUUAAAAUCCAGAAUACCUGCAACUAGUCUUCAGCUGUUUGGAAUCAGACAAAUUGAAGAAGACAAUAUGGAGGCAUAUGAGCGUGAUGUGGAGCUUCCCACGCUGCUCCACUUUGCCGCUAAGUACGGCCUGAGGAAGCUGACCACCAUUCUCCUUCAGUGUCCCGGGGCUCUGCAGGCUUACAGCGUGAUGAAUAAGUAUGGAGACUACCCAAACACGCUCGCAGAAAAGAGUGGCUUCUUGGAUCUCAGACAGUUCAUCGACGAAUUUGUUGCGACAGCCGACAUGCUCAAGUAUCACUUUGAGGACACUGUUAACACAGAGGAGGGUGAAGAAGUGUACGAAUCCAUGACAAAGACAUCUCGAGAUAUCAUGAUGAAGUACUCGGGUUGUUCAGAGGACAUAAAAGAGUCGAUGCUGGGCAUUGAUCCUGAAUGUGCAGAGGACCUAUAUGAGGUGAUGAAUGCAGUAGAUGAGAACCCUGAGGAAGCAAUGCUGAGGAAGUUUUUCCAAGCAAAACCUAAUGAAAGUAUAACCCAGAACACCAAUGAGCAGCCUAAAAGUGAAAAACAGGAAAAAGAAGAUCAGAAUGACUUGGAUCCAUGUGAAGAAGAGGAUCCCUACAGCAUCUCCCCAGAGGAUAUCUAUGAUACUCUGGAUGCAAAUGGCACCUAUAACCCAAUUAUCCAGAACCGUCCACCAGCCCCCAUCCCCAGACCUGAGUUCGAGCCACAGCUGGAAAAGCCUAGUACCUACAUCUCUAGAGUAUUUUCAGAUAAGGGGACGUCCCAGAGUAAAAUGAUGGAGAUGGGAUAUCCUGCAGCUCGGCCUGCGAUGGACGCCCCGACACCUGUUUAUGACCCCUAUGCUGGGAUGAAGACCCCUGGACAGAGGCAGCUCAUAUCUCUGCAGGAGAGGGUGAAAGUUGGAGAAAUUACAGUGGACGAGGCCGUCCAAGAGUUCAAGGCUUGGCAGUUGGACCAUGAGCGGAGGGCGAAUUCCAUACGCUAUCAGCAGGAAAAUCUGAAGAGAUUACGAGAUAGCAUCACCAGACGUCACAAAGAAAGAGGGAAGACCGGAAAGGAGCUUGAUUAUGAGAUAAGUGCUCCACUGCAGAGGAACUUGUACUGGGGCUCCAGUACAACAUUAGAGAGUGCAAUGUAUGAGCCUGCACCCAGAACAGUGGCUCUGCCUCCUCCUGUGGCUAAUGUUAUCCAGAGAGGAAGCUGGAAGACCGGUAGCACAUCCAGCACAUCCAGUACUGAAAGCAACAGACUCAGCACCCACAGCGCCUUAAGCUGCAGCAGUGGGACAGAGCCCGACAUAGAGGACUCGAUAGAAAAUCUCCCUCCUCCUCCACCACGACCUCUGCGGCAGGCUGAUGCUGCACCUGUCACUCCUCCACCCAGGAUUCCUCCGCGGGUCCCAGAAAGGGUGCCAGAGAACAUGGUGCAUGAGCGCUACAUAUCCUACCCUACUCGAGCAACUCCUCAAAGACCCUCUCACAGACAAACGGGCUCAGCGCCUCCCGUACCUCGUCGCCUGCGGUGAUGGACACGUGUUGAUUUUUGCUGGAUUUACUCUCUGAAGUUGCAGGUGAUUGGCAUGUUGGUCAGAAGGAUGUAUUGAAAAGACAGAGACAAUUGUUUCUCUAUUUUUGCUUUUUGUUGUUGUUUUAUGAAUCAGUUUGUAUGGGUGAGUGAGUGAUAUUUAGUUUAUAUAUAAAUAUAUAUAUAUAGUUGUAUGUUUUUACUGUAAAACCUGCAACUGUAAUAAAUGUUCCAUUUUAUAAAAUGUCUGACAUAAUAAAACUUAUUAUUAGAUAACAUUUUUGGGGGGAGGCGAAGAGGAAAAAUACGGAAAAGGUUGGUGGAAAAAUAUUGUGUUUGAAAUUUGUAUGAUGAUCCCGUUAAAUUAUUGUGGUUUAGUAUUGUUUGUUACAUUAUAUUCUACUUUUUUUUACCAAACGCUUACUUAUUACAGAUUGGCUGUGAAAUUUGCAUACUACCUUUCUUUACCUUGAUGGUUGCCAUUUGUUCGGCAUGGAUGAUUUAAUAACCUUUAGGAGGUCUGGUUUACUGUACAUCAGACUAAAUAUGGCUUCUGAAUUUCAUAAUGAAAUAUGAUAAUACUGUAUAUGCCACAUAUACACCUGAAUGCAUCCAUUAUUUUACAGGCUCUUUGGAAAUCUGUUUGCAACCACUAUAGAGUUAUUUAUUGUGCAAUAUGAGGCUUGGUCACUUGAUGGUGCUCCAUAUUCUCUGUUUGUCCAUCAAAGGUGGACUGCAAUAUUUUUCCAUGUAUGUGAAAACUUUUCCCAAGUUGCUUUUAUCACAUAUAGCAUGUAGUAGCUUAAUCAAGUUACAAGCUGCUUCUUUAUUAAUAUGAAUUAAUUAAGUUCUCAGAAGAGGGUCAUUAGUACAAAGUAUCAGAGAUUGUAGCCAGCUGUGACUACCGGUCAAAACUUUCAAAUUAAAAUCUUUAUUUGUAUAUUAAACAAGUUAUUUUAUUAACAUUA